GGAGUUAAUUACGUUACUAUCUCUCUAAUAAUCCCAAUGUCCUUUGGAAUAUUCGAAAAACUUAAUACAAUGCAAGGGAGUUUAACAACAUCAGAGGCUAGUGCACUCUGCUCGAUUUUGGUAGCCUCCGUUCGCAAACGUUUAGCGCCUUAUGAGUUGCGAAUAAUAACAAGAAUGGGAACGAUAUUAGACCCUCGUUUCAAGAAAGAGGGUUUCCAUUCAACCACAAAUGCCAAUGAAGCUAGCAAAAAUCUUGAGCAAGAAAUUGCAGCGUUAAUUGAAAAGGAUCAGAGAAACGACAAAUUUACUGAAGUACAAAAAAACCGGCAGGACGAAUCUUCCUUUUUUGAUUUUGUGGAAAAGAGACUGGAAGGAAAAAGAGUAUCGAGUCGAGCAGAUGCAAUUAUUACACUACGACAAUAUUUUGAACAACAAAAUGUAUCAAAGGAUACUGAUCCACUUCUUGCUUGGAAGGUUUCAACUGAUGUCCUAAAUCCACUGAAGAACGUCCUACCAAAAUAUUUUUGCACCCCAGCAACGUCGGUGGACUCAGAAAGAAUAUUUAGCAAAGCUGGCCUAAUAACAACGGAUCGUAGAUCUAGGCUAAAGCCAAAGCAUGUGGAUAUGAUAAUAUUUUUAAAUAAAAAUGAUUGGUUGCUUGCAUAAUUUCACGUUA